GCCUGGCAGGGUCCCUGUGACCCAGACUUUCGCUUCUCCUAAACACCCCAGAACACCAUGUGACGCAGCCUGGCCACAGAAGCAGCGAAAGGGGAAGCUAGGGGCUCCCAGAGUUUCUCAAGGAGCAGAGAGCUGGACAGAGGCUGAGCCCGAAGGGAGAGGGCCUGGGAGGGGCGGCAGGGGAGGCAGUCUCGGGAAGGCGAGGAGCGGAGGAGACAGCGGGGCGGUGGGGGCACAGGGAGCCCCUGUGGGAGGACCCUUGUCUCCGGAGUGUGGGCCAGGUGUCACCAGGGGAGGGGACAACGGUUAAGAAAAGACGACCAACCGGAGAGACCCGCAGGAAAGGAGGGGGAGGGGCAGAGACGAGGAAAGAGAAGGGUCGGCAGUGAGGAAGGGUGGAGGAAGGAAGAAGAGUUAGGGGUGGGAGGAGGGGAGAGGAGAGAAUUAGGGAGCGGGAAGUAGAAUCCGGGUAGCCCCAGAGGCCCCAGGGGGCGAGAAAGACAGGGAGAGGGGACAGGGUAGCAGAGGGGAAAAGGGAGAGGAAGGGGGAACCAAAAGGGGUGAGAAAGGAAGGAAGGGAGGAGAAGAGAAGAGGGAGGCCGCGGGGGAGGGCCGGAGGGCUGCGGACAGGGUGGGGGUCUGAGAAGCGCAGCGGGGGCCCAGGAUGCCCGGGCCGCGCACACCAGUGGAGCCCCGAGAGUCCGGGGAGCGCCGGCCGCUGCUGGAGCGCAGGCCGCGGGAGCCCCGACGGUGGUGGCGGGCGGCGGCGGCCGCGGUGCUGCUCGUGGAGAUGCUGGAGCGCGCCGCCUUCUUCGGCGUCGCGGGCAACCUGGUGCUCUACCUGAACAGCGCCGACUUCCACUGGGCGGGCGAGCAGGCGUCCCGCGCCGCGCUGGUCUUCCUGGGCGCCUCCUACCUGCUGGCGCCCGUGGGCGGCUGGCUGGCCGACGUAUACCUGGGCCGCCACCGCGCCAUCGCGCUCAGCCUCCUGCUCUACCUGGCCGCCUCCGGCCUGCUGGCCGCCACCGCCUUCCCCGACGGCCGCAGGUCCUUCUGCGGCGAGAUGCUCUCCCUGCCGCUGGGGCCCGCCUGCCCUUCGCACGGCUGCCUGCACACCUCGCCCACCCCCUACUGCGCCCCCACCCUCUACGCGGUGUUGCUGCUGCUCGCCCUGGCCGCCAGCUCCGUCAGGAGCAACCUCACCUCUUUCGGUGCCGACCAGGUGAUGGACCUUGGCCGCCACGCCAGCCGCCGCUUCUUCAACUGGUUUUAUUGGAGCAUUAAUGUGGGUGCCGUGCUGUCGUUGCUGGUGCUGGCCUUUAUCCAACAGAACAUCAACUUCCUGCUGGGCUACAGCAUCAUCGUGGGCUGUGUGGGCCUGGCCUUCUUCAUCUUCCUCUUCGCCACCCCCAGCUUCAUUACCAAGCCCCCCACGGGCAGCCAGGUGUCCUCCAUGCUCAGACUUGCUCUCCAGAACUGCUGUCCCAGGCGGUGGCGCCGACACUCUGCCAGAGACCCUCCAGGCGCCCAGCUGCUGCCUCAUCAGAGGUCUCCCCAGGCUGGCCCUUCCCCCCAAGAGGACAUCGCCAACUUCCAGGUGCUGGUGAAGAUCUUGCCCAUCAUGGUGACCUUGGUGCCCUACUGGAUGGUAUACUUCCAGAUGCAGUCCACCUAUGUCCUGCAAGGUCUUCACCUCCAAAUCCCGGACAUCUUCCCAGACUACCCUGCCAACAGAUCCGCGGCUCUGAGGGCCCAGGGCAGCGGCUACAAGAUCCCAGAAGCCUGGCUCCUCCUGGCCAACGUCGUGGUGUUGCUGAUCCUGGUGCCUGUGAAGGACCACCUGCUCGAUCCUUUACUGCUGCGCUGCAAGCUGCUUCCCUCGGCUCUGCAGAAGAUGGCGCUGGGCAUGUUCUUUGGUUUCACCUCAGUCAUUGUGGCAGGAUUUGAAGGCUCUCAUAGGAAAGAAGCUCUGGUAAAGAAGGCUUGCAUGCUACUGCACAGACCUCAGCCCUUUUCACGUUGCGACUUAAUAAUCCUGAAGAGUCCUGGAGAUGGAGCGUUUAGAGUACAUCAGUCACAACCAGACGGUGUCCCAGCAGAUUGGGCAGAACACAUAUUAUGCAGCACCACUGUCCAUCUGGUGGCAGACCCCUCAGUACCUGCUCAUCGGGAUCAGUGAGAUUUUUGCCAGCAUCCCAGGCCUGGAGUUUGCAUACUCAGAGGCCCCACGUUCCAUGCAGGGCGCCAUGAUGGGCAUCUUCUUCUGCCUGUCUGGGGUGGGCUCGCUGUUAGGCUCCAGCCUGGUGGCACUACUGUCACUGCCGGGGGGCUGGCUGCA